GCGCUCACCGACACCACUUCCGAGAUAACACGCGACGGCGGUGGCCGCAGCGGACACCGGUCACUCGACGAGUGUCGGACGUUCGUUUGCACAAGUCGGGUUCAUAUUAAUUUAACUAAUAUAUUUUACAGAUUAACACGAAAUUAUAAAAUAUUUAUACAUGUGCCGGCAGUGGCUUUAUAUUUUUAAUAAAAUUACCAAUCGAGUUUAAAUUAUACUUAGUUUUUUUUUGUUUUACUUGUUUACCAAAUUUUUGUUCAUAAAAAAAAGAACUACCAAGUAGUUUAAUAGUCGUGAUAAAUAUAUAAUUUCAACUAAUUAACGAUAUUUUUCCAAAUCAGAUCAAGUGAUUGCGAAAAUUAAAUUUUGAAUUUUUUUUAUUAACAUGUUUGUGACGAAGUUCUACCCGGUGUUUAUUAACCGAGUGUGCCUUACCGUCGCGUUUUAGUGCGCGUCGAGCCAUGCUCUUUACGACGAUCUCGGUUGGAUUGCACUUGUAAGAGGAUCCAAAAAUAAAACUGAGCAUCUAGAAGCUCUCGUCGAGCCUUCGGCGGGUGCUCGCCAAAAAUGAACAACUUUAUGGAUUAUUUCGUCACCAAGGAAAACUAUACGAACCGAGGCCACUGGGCUCGGGCUAGAUACGUAUCUGAGACUGAGAGUGAGUGUUCAGCUGCUGAAAGGGCUGAAGAAACUGCCCGACAAAAUGCCAGUUCUCCUCCGUUGGCCAUGGGACCAGUUCAAACUACUGAUGAUGAUGGAAUAUCAUUUUGUGAAUACCAUGAUUUGCCCCCUCCUCCUGAUGGUGGAUAUGGUUGGGUAAUUGUAUUAGCCAGCUUCAUGUGUAAUAUGGUUGUAGAUGGAAUAGCAUAUACAUUUGGUAUAUUUCAUAAACAUUUUAUGAACUACUACAAUGAAUCUUAUGGAAAAACAGCUUGGGUUGGUAGUCUUCUUUCAGGAAUGUAUUUAAGUGCUGGUCCAGUGGUUAGUGCAUUAACUAACAAGUAUGGUUGUCGAACUGUUUGUAUAGCAGGUAGUGUUAUUGCAGCUGCUGCCUUUGCUCUUAGUACAAUAUCACCUAAUUUAAAUGUUUUGAUGCUCACUUAUGGAAUUUUAGGAGGUAUUGGGUUUGGACUUAUUUAUCUGCCAGCAGUUGUUUGUGUUGGGUACUACUUUGAAACUAAACGAUCACUAGCAACUGGUAUUGCUGUAUGUGGUUCAGGAUUUGGUACUUUCGCUUUUGCACCUUUGGCCAAUCUACUUCUUGAACAUUUUGAUUGGAGGCAAUCAAAUUUAAUAUUAGCUGGGAUGAUUUUCUCAUGUGGUAUAUUUGGCGCUUUGAUGAAACCAUUAGAGUAUCCAAAUGAGGGGUGUAAACCUUUACUUCAGCGUAUGGCAGAUGAAAAACGAAUGCAAAUGGAACGGGGAUCAAUUGGUGGAUCAUAUUUUAUUGUACAGCUUAAAGAUGGCUCCUUAGAGAAAAGACAAAAGUUACCACUAAACAUUGAUCCUGGUGUUCAUUCAAGUUUUAAUUUGGAUGAACUGGUUGGAAGUACAGGAUCACCAAUUACACCAAUUCCAACCAUGGCCGUGUUACCUACAAUUAAAGAAGUUAAAGCUCCUGAACAAAGUGGCUCCAGCAAUAGUUCUAGUAAUGCUGGAAGUGGAGAAUUGAAAUCUGAUAAAAAGAAGGAUGAAAAAUCAAAAGAUACUGUUGAACUUAAAAAUGGAGAUAAACCAAUUAAUGGAGAAAAACUCUUAAAUGGCGAAAAUAAUGGUGAACUUAAUGAAGUAAAAGCUGCAUUACCAAGAAAUGCAUCUCAGCCAGCAUUUACAACUCAUGUUCAGGGUUUACCAAAAAAUGGAUCUGUACCGUUUUUUGAUAGAAUACGAAAAACUAGUGCUAGUGAACGAUAUCGUCCGACACUUGGACCUAUUAAAGUAUCUCGACCUAAUUUAAAUUCUAAUGGAGAUAUAAGAAAAUCAAUUCAUUUAAAAUUAUCAAAUGUUUCUAUCCUUGGUAGUAAAAACAAUAAUGCUGAAGACAUGUGGUCAAAUGUGGAUACUGAUAGUAUAGGGUAUACCUCAUCUAAAACAAGUAUUGGUGGAAAUAAACGAGAAAUUGUACGACCUAUGUCACGAAAGGAUAUUUUUUAUUCAGGAAGUGUUUUAAAUUUACCUGAAUACCGUUCUCAGAAGUCUUUAGCUAGCUAUCGUCAAAGUAUAUUAUCUUUGCCAAAGUCAAUGAUGAAAGUUAAUGAAAAAGGAGAAGAAGAAAUUGAUGAAGGAUGUUGUCCUUGUCUUCCGGAAUCCAUCAAUUCAGUUUUAUCAUCAAUGAUGGACACAUCUUUACUUCAAAAUCCAGUGUUUAUUUUAAUAGGUAUUAGCAAUUUUUUUGGAAUGGCAGGACUUUAUGUACCAUUUGUAUUCCUUGUUGAUUAUGCUCAAGAAGCUGGUAUGGGAAUUAACAAAGAUCAAGCAACAUUUCUUAUAUCCAUUAUUGGUAUAACUAAUACCAUUGGUCGAGUAGUUUGUGGUUUUAUAGCUGAUUAUCCACGAGUAGAUUCGUUGUUUCUAAAUAAUAUAUGCUUGCUGAUAUGUACAGCAGCUGUUGCCGCUACACCGUUCUGUGUGGUAUAUUAUCACUAUGUUACAAUGGCUAUGUUUUUUGGAAUUGCAGUUUCUGGUUAUAUAUCCUUAACUUCAAUUUUACUCGUAGACCUCUUGGGUUUAGAAAAAUUAACAAAUGCAUUUGGACUUCUUAUAUUGUUUCGUGGAGCAGCUGCCAUUGUUGGAACACCCUUAGCUGGUGCUGUUUAUGAUUGGAAGAAGUCAUAUGAUUGGCCUUUUUUUAUGGCUGCAAUAUUUUUUCUGGUAUCAGCUUUAACUAGUUUUAUGGCAGCUCCUUUGAAACGAUAUAUGGAUCAAAGACAAAUGGCUGUACCACAAGAAGAGGAUGAUGCCUUAACACCUAUUGAUGAAGACGAUGAAGAAGAUGAUGAAGAUUUUGAAGCAAAUAAUCACCUUCAGGUUCCUACAAUUAUUGAAACAGCUCCUACCCCAAACAAACCACCACUUCAAGAAAUUAAAGAAAUAGAGUCUGUUGUUUAAUUUAAAGAAAUAAAUGUGAUAGGUCAUUUUUUCAAUUAUAAAACAAGUGUCAUCUAAU